UGCAGCCCGAGUGGCCCGGGUUUGCAUUGACCCAGGUCAGUGCGUCCUCGCAUUGUUGCUGCUUCUCAGUCGUCCUCGUCCUCCUCUACCCCCCGCGUGUUCAGCCGUUCUGCCUCAAUCGCCUUUUUGCGCACCGUGCCGCGCCCGCCCGCGCGAAGUCCAGCAGCAAGGAUGGCCGCCAUGCAGGGGGCGUUCUUUCCGAUCAGCGAGCUUUCGACCUACAACAGCAAGUGGACGAUCCGCGCCCGGGUCACGUCAAAGGCUCAGAUCCGCACCUUCCGCAAGGGCAACGGCGAGGGGAAGGUGUUCCACGUGGAACUGCUCGACGCGGAGGGGGGCGAGAUCCGCGCGAGUUUCUUCAACGACGCCGUCGACCAGUUCCACAGCAAGUUGGACAAGGGCAAGUGCUUCACCUUCUCGGGGGGCAGCCUGCGCGUCGCCAACAAGCAGUUCAACACGUGCAACCACCGCUACGAGAUCACUUUCGACAAGGGCGCGAAGAUCGAGGAGGUCGAGGAAGUGGCCCAGAUCGGGAAGCAUGUCUUCAAGCUGACGGACCUGCGCGCGAUCCAG